GACAGGACACAGAAGGUCCGCCGCAGGCGAAACGGCUGCAGCGGCUGCUACUGCUGAUCUAAUCUUUCCGAGUGGUGGAGGGGUUGGAAAGGGAGGACUUGGAGCUAGGCGGCGGCUCGCUACAUUAGACUUUAUUUACAUACACAAAUCGCAAUAUACCGAGCCUGCCUGUGCUGGAGGACUGUACACUUGCGAAAGACUCCUCCUGGGUUGGAGAGUCCAGGAGAGCGGCGAAAGGUUGGUAGAUGAGUUUCCAUCGGCGGAUCAGCGUGUGGCUGAUGUCUCGGGGAGCUUGGCACCAUUGGCUGAACCAACAGCGUCUGAUUUCUCCAGGGAGAUCUUUCCGGGCUUGUUUGAGUGCUCCUCCGAUUCGGCCUAUCGUGGACAUGUCCUACUCGCGCCACUUUCUGGAUUUCCAAGGCUCGUCCAUUCCCUCUUCCAUGAAGAAACUGGUAGCGACUAAGCUGAAUUCAAACUUCCGAGAAGCUGUUUCCCUUCGCCAUGAUGCGCCCGUGCCGCUCCCGGGAGACGGCGAUCUGCUUGUUAGAAACAGAUUUGUUGGCAUUAAUGCAUCUGAUAUUAACUACUCAGCUGGCCGGUACGACUCUUUGGUUAAGCCUCCAUUUGAUGUAGGUUUUGAAGGGAUUGGUGAAGUGGUGGCCUUGGGCUUAAGUGCAAGUGCAAAAUACACUGUAGGCCAGUCUGUGGCCUAUGUAAGACCAGGAGCUUUUGCUGAAUAUACAGUUGUGCCUGCUAAAGAAGCCAUUCCCGUACCUUCUAUGAAACCAGAGUUUCUGACCCUUCUGGUAAGUGGAACUACAGCAUAUAUCAGUCUGAAAGAGCUUGGAGAAUUGUCUGAAGGGAAGACAGUUCUGGUGACAGCAGCAGCUGGAGGCACUGGUCAGUUUGCUGUGCAACUUGCAAAGAAGGCAAAAUGCCACGUAAUAGGAACUUGCUCCAGUGAUGAAAAAUAUGCUUUUCUGAAAUCUAUUGGCUGUGAUCGACCUAUCAACUAUAAAACUGAAAAUAUUGCUGCUGUCCUCAAAAAUGAGUACCCCAAAGGUGUGGAUGUUGUGUAUGAAUCGGUUGGUGGAGAGAUGUAUGACUUGGCUAUCAACUCCUUGGCUAUCAAAGGUCGCCUGAUCAUUAUUGGGUUUAUUUCUGGCUACCAAACACUUACCGGCCUUCCACGAAGUCACACAGAAAUGCUGCCAGCAAAGUUGCUAAAAAAAUCAGCCAGCAUCCGAGGUUUCUUCUUAAACCAUUACUUUUCCGAUUACCAAAUGGCUUUGAAACACUUGGUUGAAAUGUGUGAAAAGAGAGAAAUUGUUUGCGAGGUGGACUUUGGAGACCUGUCUCUAGAGAGCAAGUUUACUGGCUUAGAGUCAGUGUUCCGUGCUAUAGAUUAUAUGUACAUGGGGAAAAACAUUGGAAAAAUUGUAGUUGAAUUACCUCACUCUGUCAACAGUAAGCUGUAAAAACAGAACAAUGACAUAAAUCAAAACAGAGCAAAUGGGCAUUUUAUGCUUGGCGAUAAUGCUUUAAUUUCUUUAAAGCUGGCAACGGGUAACAUAUUAAAAUAGCAAAACAGUAUUUUGAUUUGUUUAAGAGGUUUUGUGUGGUUUAAAAAUGCAGCUUGUAGCUGGCAUUACAUUUAUUUUCACAUUUUUUGGUAUGGAGAUUUUCAAUUUCCAACUUGCAGUGGAUUUGAAUAUAAUUCUAAGCAAGUACAAAACUGUUACGAAUUGAUGUCAUACCUUUCUUCUGGAACUCAGUAUGUGAAGGCAUAUGGAGCUGCAAUCUUAUACAGUUUGAAUAAGAUGAAGCCCAUUGUCCUCAAAAUGACUUAGUAGCCAUUUUUAGUAGACAUGCUUAGGAUUAAGCAGCAAUCCUAUAUGCACUUUACACAGAAAUAUGCCCUACUGAUAUUCAGAUUGAUUAUAUCUAUAAACAUCUGUAUGGGACUGCACUAUUAAACUAAAUUUGAGAUUUGUUAUACAUACAAUCUGCAGAGACAUUUUGAUAAUGAUGCUCUGUAAAAAAAAGUUUUUUUCCUACAAAGCGUAUUAUAUAUAACACAUUUUUAUUCUAGUAAGAACAUGUAUGACCUUUUUAUGUGUAUGUUAGUUGAAAAUGAUUUUUUUACUUUUGAAUCAACCUUGCCAGCUUUUAUUUUAUUUUUAUUUGUUGUUAUAUUUUGGGAUAUUUGGUUGUCUUAUAAUAUUAUACUUGAAAUGUUGUCUUGCUAUUACACUCAAUUAUUACUAGAACUUUUCUAAUGUUAUCUAACUAUUUUAAAUUCUGUUGAAGAUAACUAAUCCAGGAAUUUCCCAAUUAAUGAAAUGCACCAGAAGAUAUAUGCUGUAUCUCUGAAAAUGGAAAUACCACAGAUUAAAAUGUUGGAUUAGAAUGGCAUAAGUAUAUGGAAUGUAUUUGGCUAUGUGAUCAAAUGUCAUUUCUUUAAGAGAUCGUUUUGUACAAUUCUGAGUAUAAGCAUUAAAAUUAAAAUAAAAUUUUUGCAGUUAAUUUUUUACAGUGUGAUUCAAUUAUCCAGUUUUUCCUCCUUUUCUUCAACAAUAUAAUCUCAUGCCUGACUUAUUUGGCUAGAAGUUCCAUUGGGACAUAACCUUUUUUGAACUUAACAAAACUUAUAUCUAAGUAGAUAAAUGGAACUGAGCCGUCAAUAAUAGUCUUUGAAAUGCAAUGUUUUUAAAAAAUCAUUUUACAAGUAGAGCUUUCUACAGUCACCUUUUUUCUAUUCACUUUG